AUGAACAAGACAGCAGCAGCUGCAGCCAGACCUCAUAGUCAGCCACGCCAAAGAGUAGCCCCUUUCACUAGUGUGCUCACCUUAGUUGUGGCUGGUGUUUGCAGCCAGCCAGACUGGGGCUCACUCUUUCCCACCAGUGUACUCACAGCAGAUGUGGCCCAGUCACAGCAUGAUGCUCUAUAUAAAUGGGUUCAGGUUCUGUUACUGGAUGGUAAAGUGAAAAGCUUUAACCACCAUCAGAAAACCUGCAGUUGUCAGAAAACAGGAGUUGUCACUAAUUGGCUGGUGUCGAGAUGGGCUGGUGUCAGGAAGGUGGUGCCAGUCUGGACCAGACACUAUUCUGGACACAAAGUGGUCAUUGUGAAGAACAUUGAUGAUGGCACCUCAGACCAUCCCUACAGCCAUGCCCUGGUGGCUGGAAUUGACUGCUAUCCCUGCAAAGUGACCGCUGCCAUGGGCAAGAAGGAAAUCACCAAAAGGUCAAAGAUCAAGUCUUUUGUGAAAGUUUAUACCUACAGUCACUUCAUGCCCAUAAGGCACUCUGUGGAUAUCCUCUGGUACAAGACUGUGGUCAAGAAGGAUGUCUUCAGAGUUCUUGCUCUUAAAUGCAAGGCCCAAGAAGAGGCCAAGAUCAAGUUCAAGGAGAGGUACAAGAUCAGCAAGAACAAAUGGUCCUUCCAAAAGCUGUGGUUUUAG